AAAAGCAGUUCAGUCAAAUCCCAGUGAGUCAGAGUGUAUUGUGAAAGAGUACCAGAUCCAGAUUUUUUUUUUCCACUAGAUUUAUUAUCCUGUUCUCCUUUUUGACCGCAGAGGGUUACUUAUUUCCUCUCACAGUGUUUCCAGUGUGGCCUGGUGGUGGUGGUGCUUUAGUUAUCUCUUGCGCACAUAAUCACCUUAGGAGUUUCCUUAAAAGUUAUUACAAUAAAAUGCUGGAGCUACUGGCCGAAAUACGUACGGCGUGCAGCUGAGUCUGAGGUUUCUUGUUCAGAAGGAAUCCUCUUUAAGCUCUGCCUCUCUGAAAGAGGAAGAGGAAGGGUGGGGCGGCGCUUUUGGAGCUGUGUCAGGAGUCAGGAUGCGUGUGCAGUGGGGUGACUACUCUUCAGCAACGCUGCAUGUGUGGGUUAAACCUUUGGCUCCUGAUCCAGUGAUAGAGGACACUCCUUGGGUUACAGAACCUUUCAGGCACAAUGGCAGAUGCUGUCCGCUGGGCCCGAUACCGUUGGCAGCGACUGAUGUCUACAGAAGGCAGAGAAGGUAGCAACAGCAGCAAUUCAAGUAACAAGUGCUAUCAAUCAUCAAAAACCAUCGGCAAACAUAGGAUAGUGAUACCUUGUUUGGGACAUUUUGAGGAAGAGUAUGAAAAGGUAUCAAAGCUGUACAUGAACAACAGAAUACGGACUACUAAGUAUACUGUAUUGAAUUUUAUACCGCGGAAUUUAUUUGAGCAAUUUCACAGAGUUGCCAAUUUGUAUUUCCUGUUUUUAGUUGUUCUAAACUGGGUUCCUAUGGUGGAAGCCUUCCAGAAAGAAAUUACAAUGCUACCUCUAGUAGUGGUUCUCACAGUUACUGCGGUGAAGGAUGGUCUGGAAGACUACUCAAAAUACAAAAUGGAUAAACGGAUAAACAACUUACUAACCAAAGUGUAUAGCAGAAAAGAGAAGAAAUACAUAGAGGAGCACUGGAAAAAUGUCAAUGUUGGGGACUUCAUCCGGCUUUCACGUAAUGAAAUCAUUCCUGCUGACAUGGUGCUGUUAUAUUCUACUGACCUGGAUGGAAUCUGUUAUAUUGAAACAGCAGGCCUUGAUGGAGAAACCAACCUAAAGCAGAGGCAGGUGGUGAGAGGAUGUUCAGAGCAGGUCUCUGAAAUUCAUCCAGAAAAUUUUUCCAGUAGAAUAGAAUGUGAAAGUCCUAACAAUGACCUCAGUCAUUUCCGAGGCUUUAUUGAGCACUCAAACAAGGAACGAGUGGGCCUCAGCAAGGAGAACUUACUGCUUCGAGGAUGCACAGUAAGAAACACAGAAGCCAUUGUAGGCAUUGUGGUAUAUGCAGGUCAUGAAACCAAAGCCUUGCUGAACAACAGUGGCCCACAUUACAAACGCAGUAAAUUGGAAAGGAAAGUGAACACUGACAUCCUUUGGUGUGUUCUGCUUCUAAUUUUAAUUUGUUUAACUGGGGCAAUAGGCCAUGGAAUUUGGUUAAGUACGUAUUCGGAAAUACCCUUUUUUAACAUCCCUGAGCCGGAUGGGAAAUUGAUUCCUCCAACAUUAGCAGGGUUCAAUAUGUUUUGGACAAUGAUCAUUUUAUUACAGGUCUUGAUCCCAAUUUCUCUCUAUGUUUCAAUUGAAAUUGUCAAAUUGGGACAAAUUUAUUUAAUCCAGAAUGACAUUGAUUUUUACCAUGAGAAGACAGACUCUACUAUUCAGUGUCGAGCACUGAAUAUUGCUGAAGACCUUGGCCAGAUUCAGUAUAUCUUCUCUGACAAGACUGGAACUCUCACUGAAAAUAAGAUGGUUUUCCGGAGGUGCAGCAUUGCAGGACAGGAAUAUUGCCACGAGGAAAACGCAAAGAGGUUGGAAUCCUAUCAAGAGAUGGAUUCGGAAGAUGAGGAUUUACCUGAUGGUCAGUGUGGCUCUUUGAGCCUUACGUCAAAAUGGAGGGAGCACAAGAGCAGAGCAGUGAAUGAACCUUUGAGCAAAAAAUCUUUGAAUCAGUUGUCUGGUGGUUACCCUGCAUUAGGAGGGGAAGAUGGUGCCAGUGACAUUCCCCACUCACGACAUGUUGCUUUCAGCAGCCGCAUUGAAACAGAUGUUGUACCAGACAUGCAACUGUUGGAAAAAUUCAGACAAAUUUCUUCUCAUUACUAUCCACAAUCAGAAGAAGCCAGCAGUAAGUCAUGUUUGGAGACCGUGUACAUCACUGACUUCUUCCUUGCUCUGGCUGUCUGCAAUACUGUUGUAGUUUCAGCCCCCAAUCAGCCACGUCAGAAGAUGAAGCUGUCUUCACUGGGUAGGAUGCCUAUUAAAUCCCUUGAGGAAAUCAGGCAGAUGUUCCAGAGGCUGUCGGUCCGGAGACAAAGUUCCUCUCCACUUCCAAGUGUAGAAGAGUCAUCAUCUGAAAGCCCAAAUAGUUUUGUGAGCAAACUGUCUAUUUUCAGAAUGAAACUGGCUUCACCUCCUUCGGAUGGGACUGCUCAAAGGGCUGCUGAGCCUCACUGUAGUGGCAGCCCAGAAGGGCUCCCACUACCUCAAGAAUUAGAUAUGGAGAAUGUAGCUGCUGUCUGUGAACGCUACAGUGCUGGUUUCUCUCUUAAACGCUCUCCCUUACCUAAACUAUGUUAUGAAGCUGAAAGUCCAGAUGAAGCUGCCCUGGUUCAUGCUGCCAGGGCUUAUAAAUGUAUUUUACAGUCUAGGACUCCUGACCAAAUAACUGUGGACUUGGCAGGUCUGGGAUCUUUAACAUUUCAGCUUUUGCAUAUCCUGCCUUUUGAUUCAGUGCGAAAAAGGAUGUCAGUGGUGGUUCGGCAUCCAGUCUCCAACAAAGUGGUGGUAUACACAAAAGGUGCAGACUCAGUCAUGAUGGAUUUGUUGGGAACUGAAUCAGAAGGUUCAGAAAUGAAACAAAAGAAAAUUAAAGAGAAAACUCAGAGGCAUUUGGAUGACUAUGCUAGAAGGGGACUGCGCACUUUAUGUAUUGCUAAAAAGGUGAUGAGUGAUGCAGAAUAUGCAGAGUGGCUAAAUCUUCAUUUUUUAGCAGAAACCAGUAUUGACAAUAGGGAGGAGCUGCUGCUUGAAUCUGCCAUCAGGCUUGAGACCAAACUAACUUUGCUUGGUGCCACUGGCAUUGAAGAUCGCCUGCAAGAGGGUGUUCCAGACACGAUACAGGCAUUACGGAAAGCAGGGAUAAAAAUAUGGAUGCUGACAGGUGACAAGAGAGAGACAGCUGUCAGCAUUGCCUAUGCUUGUGGACUGCUGGAGCCAGAUGACAGAAUCUUCACUCUCAAAUCACAAAGUAGAGAUGCCUGUGCCUUGGUGAUGAGUGCAAUUUUAGAAGGCAUCCAGAAAACCAAUUCUGCCAAAAAAGACCCCAGUCAGAGACUUCGGAAUUUCUCUGCAAGUCCCUCCGCCCAAGCUUCAGGGUUUAGUGCAGGCCUGGUUAUUGAUGGAAAGACUUUAGAGCAUGUCCUGCAUGACAGUCUACAGAAUACUUUCCUGGAACUUGCAGAAAAAUGUCGGGCUGUAGUCUGCUGCCGAGCCACACCACUGCAGAAGAGUGUCCUGGUCAGACUGGUGCGAAAUAAGCUAAAGGCAAUGACAUUAGCUGUAGGUGAUGGUGCCAAUGAUGUCAGUAUGAUCCAGGUGGCUGACACUGGUGUGGGGAUUUCAGGCCAAGAAGGCAUGCAGGCUGUGAUGGCAAGUGAUUUUGCAGUCUCUCAGUUUAGACACCUAAGAAAGCUGCUGCUUGUCCAUGGUCACUGGUGUUAUACCAGACUUACCAACAUGGUCCUCUACUUCUUCUACAAGAAUGUGGCCUAUGUGAACCUCCUGUUCUGGUACCAAUUCUUCUGUGGAUUUUCAGGCACAUCAAUGACUGACUAUUGGAUCUUGAUUUUCUUCAAUCUCCUCUUUACAUCAGUGCCACCCAUCAUCUGUGGUAUCUUGGACAAAGAUGCAUCUGCAGAGAUACUCAUGCAGCUCCCGCAGCUGUACGUGACGAGCCAGAAAUCUGUGGCCUAUUUGCCUUCAACUUUCUGGAUAACCUUGCUGGAUGCUUUUUACCAAAGUCUCGUUUGCUUUUUUGUGCCUUACUUUACUUACUAUGGCUCAGACAUAGACAUUUUUUCCUUUGGAAACCCUAUAAACACAGCAGCACUCUUUAUAAUAUUGUUUCACCUGCUCAUCGAGAGUAAGACUGUGACUUGGAUACAUACAAUAGUUACAGUUGGCAGCAUCCUGUUUUACUUUGUCUUCACUCUGACUUUUGGGGCGACCUGCAAAACAUACAAUCCAGCAUCAAAUCCCUAUUGGAUCAUGGAAAAGCACAUGAUGGAUCCAGUGUUUUACCUAGUUUGCCUUCUGACUACUUGUGUUGCUCUGCUACCCAGAUAUUUGCUGAGAGUUCUCCAAGGAACGUUGUUUCCGUCUCCGGUGUUGAGAGCCAAGCACCUUGACAGACUGACCUCUGAGGAGCAGAGGGACGCAAUUAAGAGAUGGAAAGACAACUGCACUGUAAACUGUGGGACGGAGUUCCAGGCUACUUCUGGGUCUUCCAGCUCAGCCACAGGCGCUGCAUCGGGUGAAGAAAGCAUUGCCAGUGUUUUGCCAAUAUCUAAAACACCUUUUCAGCCCUGUUCAAGAGAUGGGUUAGCAGAGAAAGCCUCCUUCUUAUCAGGUGUUCAGGACGAGUCCAGGAAUACAAAUAGCCUGAACUCUGAAAAAACUGUAUUUCUGAAUUCAUCAAAAGAAACUAAUGCAGACACAUAUGGAGUUGACUUUGCAUACUGCUAAUCUCCAGUAUGCAAGGUUGCGUAACGCCUCUUGGUGUUAUGGACCAUGUAUGAACUAUGGAUUUGCAGGAUCCAGUUCAGGUAAGACCUACCCUCUCAUAAGCCACCCUGCUGUCUUGCACUGCUAUCCUAAAAUCCGAGCGUUUCCCAGGAUUUCACAGUUUGCUGAAGUAUAAAGUAAGCAGAAAGGCUGGGAUGUAGUGUUAUUAGUUGGCCUGUUGCAAGACUUCGUAAAACUCUUUCCUCUAAGCUCUAUCUCAUGCCUCCACUGGAAGAUCCUCUGUUUUUGGCAGUAGGUAACUCCAGUCUUCCUUCAGGCCUUCUCUUACAAAUAGCAGCAUCAAGUUGAUGACAUUUCUUUUCUUCACUCCCAGGUGCUUUUAAAUUCCUCCAUACUUUCUUUUACAGUAAGUAGUAUUGGUGUCUGCAAAGGCUGUUCAAAAGAAGGUAGGUCCUAAAUUUGAGCACUGUUGCAUAAAUGUCUUGGAGAUGUCCUGCCUCUGCCAGCUUCCCACUGCUCUGCACACCACAGAAGUGCUGGCUGAGAUGCAGGUGGCUGUUUCUGGAGUCUAGACUGUCUAGAAUAUAGCCUCCUUUUUAAUUCCACCCCCAAAAAGUUACAUGGCCAAUUUAUGGAGGAAUUUAAGAAAUCGUUUGUAUCCACUAGCACCUGUUGAAAUAAACAAUCCCCUUCAAACUGUAGCUGCUAAGGAAUUAUUAGUAUUGAGCCCAUUUUCUGUUAUGUUGCUUUCUAAAACUUUUCUGUUUUCAAAUUGCCAAGAUUUGUGUUUAUUUUUAGACACCAUGUUUGGGGCAAGGGCUCUGCUUUUUAAUAGAACCAUGAGUUUUCCUUGUCAAUGAUCAACAUUACAUAUUCCACAUCUUUUAAGUUCUCUGAAAGAAUUUAAACAAACGCUGUGAGGUCUGAGACAGCUGCUGCUACGCAGGGCAGAUAUUGAGGGCAUGCUAAGUUCAUUCAAAUACAGGUCACCACAUGUUACCAGAAGUUUAGAACCAUUCUGUUUUCAAAAGGUAGAAUGUGAUCAGGGCUGACUCCAUCCUUAGUGUUAGGAGAAAAAAUAUCCUUUCUGUUUAGCCAGUAGAAGAAAAAGACUACGUGGAGCCAGUGAUAGACAGCCAUUUUUGCAAAUAUUUGUGUUUAUUUGGUUCAACAUAUGAAAAAAUAUUUUUGAUAAGUUCUAACAUGUGGUUAAUUGGAACCUUUGAAGUGAAAGCAGACAUUCAAGUGCUAAGAGAUUGUGCUGAGCCUAAAUUGGUUUGUGGUAGUGGUUUUUAGAUGUUUGUCUCUAGCAUACUUGCUUGUUAUCUUCAUGUUUUUUGCAAUUGGGGAAAAUCAUUCAAAGGUCCAGAUUUUGAAAAGCCUGAGGAGGAGAGGAGAGAAGCAUAACUGCUGGGGGAGGCACUUUGCCAGGAGUGAACUCCAGUGAAGCAUCUCAGCUUUCUCUGCAAAACAUGGAAACUGUGAGGUGGCCGAGGAGAUGCAAAAUAGCCAGCAAGCUGAGCAGGGAGAUGAGCUGGAACAAGGGCUUUUCAUAGGAAAACAGACCACUUGGGGCACACAGAAGUCAUCUACCCUGCUCCACAGCCCCAAGGCAGGCUCAGCUCUACCUGUGUCAUUCCUAGUGAAUGUUUUCCUGUUGUAAAGAGCUCCAAAGAAGCAGGCCAGGCCAGUGCUCUCCUGCCUUCAGAGAUACAGUUUGGGGAUUUUUUUUUUGUCUCGCCUCUGUGUUUCUUCUACACCUUAAAUCUAUUGCCUCUCCUCACUUUUGUGGCCACAGAGAACAGAUUAUUUUCUUCUCUCUGCAGUAACUACUGAUGCAAGUGAAGACUGUUUCCAUCAUUUCAUUCUUUCUUUUCAUCACUUAGGACUGUAGCCCUCUUGUUUCUAGUCUAGCUGUAGCUGAGACAAUCUAGGAGAGAGCAUGUUCCCGGUCACUGUAUUCAGGUGCUGCCUUGCAAGUGUGCACAGAGCCGGGAUUACUGCUGCUGUUGCACCGUCUGGGAGGUAGGGAAAAACAACGCCAUUGCCUACUGAGAACCACAGGCAUCUCUCCUGGCACAAGGGAGGUGAUCUAGUCACUAGCCUGGCUCUUCCUCUGCACCCUCUCUCUUUACUGCAGAGAGGGCUAAUUGCAGCAGGGAGGUUGGGCAGCUGCAUUUCAGCUGAGUUGGAUGUUUUGAGAAGCAAAGCCCUAGAUUUUGGCACCCAAAAUAAAUGUGAAGUGUGCGCUGGUGCUGGAGUGGUUGUGUGGUUGGGUGCUGCUGAGGAAAGAGUAAGGCGCUGAGGUACAGUGAGCGCUUCCGGUGGGCUCGCGGCUGAGCUCUGGGAGUCUGGUUGCAGCCGUGUGAGGGCCUGCUGGUCUCUGCUGCCUCCCUGUCCUGUCAGUGCCAAAGGCAGCUGGGCUGCAACACGGGACUGUGAGCUGCGCUCCUUGGAUGUCAUGCACGGGGUCCCUUUUGUCACCUUUGCUGCAGGAGCAGCACCUACAGUGCCUAUCAGCACAUUUGCCAGCUGAUUGUGUGGCAGAAAAAAACAUUUAAUCUCAGGAGUCUGCAGAUGUAGCAUACAUGAGCUGUAAGUUUUCAGAGAUCUUUGAGCUCCUCUGUGACUACAAGCCGUGGCCUCAAAAGAACUACAGCAAGAUACAUCAGUGGCACUCGCCUGUUAGACCUGGGCCAGCUUCAUGCCCUGAAGCCACCUUACCUGUGCCUCUGGGCAUACUUAAAGUGCUGCUACUUGGUUCUUUCCAAGCCUGCCUGCCUCCCUGCCCUGACUCAUUGCUUAGUGCUGUUGAGGCUUUCAAGAUUGAUUUGUAAAUUAAAUGAAGGAAUAUUUUAGCUAGGUCUAAAAUGUGCUAAGUCCUGUGGGUUGCCUUGAAAUUUAGGUACUUCUAAAACAGCAUCUGUACUGAUGGUCUCACUAAUUUUAAGUACUUCUGUACCGGUUGAAGUACAAAAUUACACACACUUGCUGUUUUUUUGUUUUUUGUUUUUUUUCUUUUUUUCUUUUUCCCUUGGGAGUUUUGGUUCACUGAGAGUGAGCAUUGCUUAAAAUCGUUCAUUAUAGCCUAGGUAUUAUAUGUUUUUAAAAGACUUUGACAAGCAGUCUGCAUGCUAAAAAAAAAAAAAAAAAAUCCAUUGUGCAAAACCUGAUCUGUCGUGGUUUUGGGGGAGAAACAACAGAAAGAAGAAGAAGAAGGAAAAAAAAGCCAGUGGCUAUCUCCUGUGAUCUGCUGCUAUUUUUUUAACUGAAGUGGAAAUGAGGGUAGUGAGUCUUUCUUUAACAAAAGCUUCAAAAUGUUAAUUGGCCCUUCCUGAAGUGGUUCCAGAGUACGAGUGAGUAGCUCGCCCUUUGCUUCCCAACAGUUGAAUGUUUAUUUUUUUAGUGUUAGAGAAGUCACAAGCCUCUGCUGGUUCUGCAGCCCCGCCCCCCCCCCCCCCCCCCCCCCGGCACUUAGGCAUGACAUGACCUGACUUUUCCAUUUUGAAAACAAGCUCAUCUCAUAGGUGUCUUCCAGAUGUCACAAAAGAACAUCCCACGUGGAACAUUUAAAAUUUUGGUUGUCAGUUGAAAAGGAAAAAAAAGAAAAAGCUAUCAGAUUUCCCCUCCUUCCCCUCCGCCCCCCAAAAUAUGUAACUACACUUACAACACUUUAAGUCAUGUUUUGAUGUGCAGUAUUUGAUUACAGAAAAGACGACCUUUUUUUCUUUCUUUCUUUUUUAACAGCAGCACCUGCCCUAAACAUUUGCAGCUGGCAGUCAGCCACAGCCUUUAUGUAACGAGUGUUUUCCAGCUGAGCAAGCUCUGGUCCGUACCUGGAGCGCGGCCUGACUGAGCUGAACGGCUAAUCCAGGCUGCGGUUUUGCUCUCGGGCCUGCUGGCCGCAGCACGAGCCCGUGGAGCAGGUACCAGAGAGCAGGCGCUGCCUGCGGCGGUGACGCCGACCUUCGCUCACAGCACAAGUUGACAAAGGAUGGUUGAAGGUGACUGUAUUAGGGAUGUUUUCAGAACUAAAUUUCGGUAUGUUUUUGUAUUACGUGUUCCUGUUUUAUUCCAGUUAUUCUACUCCCUCCCGCGUGGUCCUGAAUAACAGACAGUUGACUGCAGUUAAAAGGCAAAUUUUAACUAUUUUAACAGUUUCUGCAUGCUGGUGCAGAUUUCAGCGUAUGCAUGUGUUGUUGAAAUGCUGCAUACCAGUAACCAGCAGACAGUAUUUUAAACUAGUUGCAGUCCUGAGGAAAGUCAUAUAACAAAUAUGUUCAGAGGAGUUUGAUUUCCACUUUUGUUUUUCAGAUUUAUACCAGAAAUAAUUCAAUCCAGAAUAAUUGCUGGCAGCGGUAACAUUCUCAGCUGGAAGCAUACAUGUGGAAUAAACUAAAAGUUACACAGUGGUUGUAGUGCCAGAACCUCCAUAAAAGGUGUAGUGCUUACAGGGCAAUCGUGGUAUUUUAAACAGCUAGAGAAGGAUAUGCAGAUACCAUUUUAAGGCUAUUUUUAAGCAUGACUGCUUAAGUUAUAACUUUGUCCUUAAUCUCUUCACACCUCCACAUUGUCAUCAACUCUAAAAAUAAUAAAAAACACAUUAUCAACAUAGGAGUUACUUGCAAAA